GGGGAUUCUGGCAGAGCUGGCAAAGCCCGAUUUAGCGGAGAAACGUUGAGUUUGCUCUCGAGUUUUGCUGUUCGUGGCGCUGCUGAUGUCUGCGUCAUCCAUCGGGUGUUUUUGUUGGCAAUUAGUGCACAGAUAACAGUAAAAGUUAUUAUAAAUAUCGUUGUAUAUCUGCUACUGACAGAUGCUAACUGAAAAUGAGUAAAGACAAACAAAUCGAUGAAGAAGAUGAUGACAGCGAGCAGUUCGAAGACUUUAUGGAGAAUUUUAACCAACUUGAACUGCUGGAGACACACAGGCAUUUGAUUCCUGUAGGAACUCAGAGCUGCUGGUCAGGACAGUCUGAUGAUGACGAUGAUGAACAAGAAAGAAGUGAGGAAUGGUACGAAAUGCAAGAAAAAAAAAUGGAAAAAAAUCCAGAGAAAUUGCUACUCUGGGCAGCUGAAAACAAUCGGCUGAGUACAGUGAAGAGGCUCCUUUCCGAAAAGCUGGCUCCAGUUAAUGCUCGUGAUGAAGAUGAGUACACUCCUCUCCACCGAGCUGCCUACAGCGGGCACUUGGACAUUGCACAUGAAUUGGUUGCCCAAGGGGCAGACGUUCACGCGCAGACAGUGGAUGGCUGGACGCCUCUGCACAGCGCCUGUAAGUGGAACAAUACCAAAAUGGCCGCGUUCUUACUUCAGCAGGGUGCAGACAUCAACGCGCAGACAAAUGGCUUGCUGACACCGUUGCAUAUUGCUGCAGGAAACAAAAACAGUAGAGAAACCCUUGAACUCUUGCUGAUGAAUCGCUACGUGAAACCAGACCUGAAAAACAACUUGGAUGAAACGGCCCUUGACAUUGCUAGGAGGACUGAUAUAUAUCACUACCUUUUUGAAAUAGUAGAAGACUGCAUAAAUGCUGUGUCCCCUUAAAAGUUGUGGUUAAGCUUGUGAAUGUGAGGUUUGCUGCCCCUCCUUUGUGUUCUGCAUGCUCAUCAGUGGUGGUCGGUCCCUUUGCAACAAGGUUUUCAUUUAAGAUACUUUAGUAUUCUCCUCAGGCAAAACGUCACUUCUUGCAACUCAGCUCAGUGGUCUCGCUCAUACUUUGAAGCGUUACUGCUGUUACGCAAGGUAUUCAGAAAGUCUCGGUAAUUUCAGUGAGUCUCCAUUUAAUUAGUGCAAAUUUGGAGGGGCUUUUGUAAUUGCUCUGCACUGUCAAAGCAGGAGGGAAAACUGGAAUAUUUACUUGAUGUGAAAGAGUUCUGGCUUGGUUAUGCAGAGUUUAUUACAGCUCACUUGAAAAUUAUUUUUUGAGAAAUUUAACUUUUUUUAAAACUGCAUGAAAGCUCAGAAUGAAUGUAACUUAUUUGGGUGAUACACAAAAUGUUUAGUGAUCCUGGUGUAAGGCUUAUUAUAAAAUAAAAUAUUUAACCCUAAGUA